AUGGAUAUGCUGGCAUCUUCACCAUCGGCUAGUACCUCACAAGACAAUUCACCAACGAAAGGGGACAUUUCAAGUGAUAGAAGCACGUCAACAAGUGCAGUGAUGGUGGAUGACCCUAAAUCGAGUGCUUCGUCAUUACUGGAUCUAAUAGCCCCAAAAUCUUACGGGAGUGAUCCAUCUGAUUCGAGUCAUGUUCAAGUAGCCGAUGAGGCUAGUGAGGAAUCGUUGUCACUUAUUGAUGAAUCUAUCAGUAAACUUCGGAAUCUGCGUGCCACGUUGUCGUCACCAGAUGCGGCUUCUGCUCGGCUGGAAAUCAAAACGCUCCCGCCGAUGAAUCAGAUUCAAUUCAUCCAGCUGUGCAAAACGUUGCACGAUAUACUGAUUGCUGACAAGGAAAAUCAUCAGCUAAGUGCGAAAUUAUCGGAAGUUGAAAGCUGUUCGCAGCUGGGAUUGCUAGAGGUAAAUCUCAAUAAACGCUUCAGCAGAUUGUUCUAUGCACCAGUCCCUGCUUUUCACUGGAUAACUCAAGCAGUCAGUAGUCCAGAGAGAAAGAGCUCAGUGACAGGUGUUUAG